AUGAAGGUACUGGGGAAAAGCCACCUCUGGAUGUGGCUCCCGUUCCUUCACCUGCUGGCCAACGGUGCGGAGCACGAAGAGGAGGUGAGACACGCCAUCGAGUUGCACAGGGGCCAAGGGGUGGCCGUCACCCAGAGGAGACAGUGGGUCCUGGACGGUUGCAGAAAGCUCUCCGGGCUUCUUCACCAAAAGGCUGUGGUUCUUAACAAACUGAAAAGUGCAGUCAGAGCAGUGGAAAAAGACACCAGCCUUUCGGACGAAGAGAAGCUGUUUCAGGUGCACAUGUUUGAAAUUUUCCAGAAAGAGCUGAAUGAAAGUGAAAACUCAGUCUUCCAGGCCAUCCAUGGACUCCAGAGAGCCCUGCAGGGUUACUACAGGGACGUGGUCAACGUGAAGGAGAGCAGCAGGCAGCUCCUGGAGGCCCUGCGGAAGGCAGCCAUCAAGGUCAGAGGGGUCAACUUUGAGGCAGUUCUGCCGGUGGAAGAGGAAGAGGCCAGUUCCAAGCAGAACCUCACGAAACGGGAGGUAGAGGAGGACCUGGGCCUGAGCAUGCUCAUCGACGCCCAGAGUAACCAGUACAUCCUGACCAAGCCCAGGGACGCCACCAUCCCGCGGGCAGACCCCCACCUCAUAAAGGACAUCGUCACCAUAGGGAUGUUGUCCUUACCAUGCGGCUGGCUCUGCACAAUGAUAGGCCUGCCGACCAUGUUUGGUUACACCAUCUGCUGCGUGCUUCCGGGGCCCUCCGGGCUCAACAGUAUUAAGUCAGUUGUGCAUGUGGAGACGUUAGGAGAAUUUGGUAUGUUCUUUACUCUCUUCCUCGUUGGCUUAGAAUUUUCGCCAGAGAAGCUGAGAAAGGUCGCCAUGGAGAUCCUGCGGGUCCUGGGCCUGGUCGGGCAGGUCCUCUUCUCGCUUGCUGCGGUUCUCCUUUUCUGUCUUGUCGUGAGGACCUACCUCGUGGGACCGUACUGCCGGAAGCUGCACGCGGAGAGCAAGGGGAACAAGGAGAUCCUCAUCCUGGGAAUCUCCGCUUUCACCUUCCUCAUGAUGACGGUCACCGAGCUCCUGGACGUGUCCAUGGAGCUGGGCUGCUUCCUGGACGGAGCCCUGGUGUCCUCCCAGGGUCACGUGGUCGCUGAGGAGGUCGUGUCCUACGUGGAGCCCGUCCGCGACUUCCUGGCCAUCGUGUUCUUCGCGUCCAUAGGCCUUCACGUGUUCCCCACCUUCGUGCUGUACGAGCUCACCGUCCUGCUGGUCCUCACCCUCUCGGUGGUGGUCAUGAAGUUCGUCCUGGCAGCCCUGGUCCUGUCUCUGCUGCUGCCCAAGACCAGCCAGUACGUCAAGUGGAUCGUGGCCGCGGGGCUGGCCCAGGUCAGCGAGUUCUCUCUGGUGCUGGGGAGCCGGGCGCGCAGAGCGCGUGUCAUCUCUCGGGAGGUGUACCUCCUCAUCCUGAGUGUGACCACGCUCAGCCUCCUCCUGGCCCUGCUGCUUUGGCGAGUGGCCGUCGCCAGGUGUGCGCCCCGGUCCGAGAGAAGGUCCAGCCUCUGA